AUGUUGUCGCAACAAACUGAGACAAGCAGCUCCAAGGCUUCAGAGCAUAUAGUUAUGGCUGAUGAAGAAACCGACUGGGAUUCCAAUGCGGAUCCAGUUCGUGACUUGAUGCUCACGGCUCUUGCGCAAGCCGUCGGAGAAGAGUUAUCUACUAUCAGCCCUGACAAUUCGCUGUAUGCUCUCGGGUUAGACAGUCUGGAUAAAGGCUUUACUAUGCAGACCUUCCACGCACUUAGUGAUUCUGGUGCCUUGAAUGGGAUUAGCAACUAA